CUGGAAACCCCGUACAGCCUGUUGGGGCCCAAGAUGGCUGAAUACUCACGGGGGACUGUUAGCAAAUAUCCGAGCGAGACAUAAGGGAAUGAAUGACAAAUAGCAAUACGGUGUAAAGCAAAACGCUCGAAGUAAUUUGACGCUCACGGCUUGUUGCUUUGCAUAAUUUUGGGGAUGUAUAAGUACCAGAAAGGAGAGAGUUUUCUCUCCGCGGCCCCGAGCCAGAACAUGGCGGAACACUUUGGGAAGAAAUAGCAGCUAGCGCUAGCCAGCUGGCGCAUUAUUGAGUCCUAUUUAGAAACAUUGUUCCGGAUUAAAACAAACGUUCAGUACUGCCCGCAAAUGUGAAAAUAAUGCUUUCGCUGUGUAGCGCUGGUCAUUUCGCCUUAACGCGGUCAAUGUACGAAUCGCUGUUAUUUGGCGUACAUGGAGGCAAGUCAACUCGUUAGCUGUGCUAUUCGCUAACGUUGUGUCCGUCGGAGCACAACUAACUAACAACGGCAGAGUGUUUGGGGCAGAAUUAGUCGACCUCUGGAUUUAUUCUCACACAUAUGGGCACGAAAUUAAUGUCAACAUUGCGCGGUGUAGCAGUUGUAUAAACUCCUAUCCCCUCCGUGUUGUACAUUUGUCAUGUAUUAGUACGCUUCACGGUGGCAUUUAUGUAGUGCGUGGUGAUCCGGUGAUAUUAAUUUCUUGGGGGAAAUAAUAUAGUGUAAAUAUAUUUGUGUGGAAAAAGGGGUUCGGCAGAGUUGCACCUGCUACAGAGAAAGAAUUGCUGGCUCUUCUGACAAGCUCGUAACGCCACUGUCGUGUUCGAUUGUUGGACGGGGACCGAAAGUUGAAUUGGAAGUUGUGGCGUUACUAAGGUGACGCAGAUACCCUGUAACAGCCCAGCAGGGGUUGGCUGGAGGUGGGGGAGACCGCUUACGACCACCUGCCAGGAUGACGGACACUCGACGACGAGUCAAAGUCUAUACCCUCAACGAGGACAGACAGUGGGACGACCGCGGCACCGGACACGUCUCGUCUGGUUAUGUGGACCGACUGAAAGGCACGUCUCUACUGGUGCGAGCCGAGAGUGACGGUUCUCUACUACUGGAGUCCAAAAUAAACACAAACACAGCGUACCAGAAACAGCAGGAUACGCUCAUCGUGUGGUCAGAGGCCGAAAACUAUGAUUUGGCCCUCAGCUUCCAGGAGAAAGCCGGUUGCGAUGAGAUCUGGGAGAAGAUUUGCCAGGUGCAAGGAAAGGACCCUUCGGUGGACAUUACCCAAGAUGUGGUCGACGAGCUGGAAGAAGAGCGCUUCGAUGACAUGUCAUCGCCUGGUUUGGAGCUGCCGCCGUGCGAGCUGAAUCGGCUCGAGGACUUGGCGGAGCUGGUGGCCUCCUCGCUACCGUCGCCUCUGCGGCGCGAGAAACUGGCACUGGCUGUGGAGAACGAGGGCUACAUUCGCAAGCUCCUCGAACUGUUCCGUGUGUGCGAGGAUCUGGAGAACCAGGAGGGACUGCACCACCUAUACGAAAUCAUCAAAGGCAUUUUUCUACUCAACCGCACCGCGCUCUUUGAGGUCAUGUUCUCGGAAGAAUGCAUCAUGGACGUCAUCGGUUGUCUGGAGUUUGACCCGGCGCUCCAGCAGCCCCGGCGGCACCGGGAGUUCCUCACAAAGACGGCCCGCUUUAAGGAGGUGAUCCCCAUUGCAGACCCUGAACUGCUUCAGAAAAUACACCAGACGUAUCAGGUGCAGUACAUUCAGGACAUGGUACUGCCCACUCCUUCUGUCUUUGAGGAGAACAUGCUGUCCACCCUGCACUCCUUCAUCUUUUUCAACAAGGUGGAGAUUGUGGGCAUGCUUCAGGACGAUGAGAAGUUCCUGACAGAUCUUUUUGCACAGCUAACGGAUGAGGCUACAGAUGAUGACAAAAGACACGAACUGGUUAACUUCUUGAAGGAAUUCUGUGCAUUCUCACAAACAUUACAACCUCAAAACAGAGAUGCCUUCUUCAAGACACUGUCAAACAUGGGUAUUCUUCCUGCACUGGAGGUCAUACUGGGAAUGGAUGACGUUCAGGUGCGGGGGGCGGCAACAGAUAUCUUCUCUUAUCUGGUGGAGUACAACCCCUCCAUGGUACGAGAAUUUGUCAUGCAGGAGUCUCAGCAAAAUGAUGACGACAUCCUACUGAUCAACCUCAUCAUAGAACACAUGAUCUGUGAUACUGACCCCGAGUUAGGAGGGGCUGUGCAGCUGAUGGGUCUGCUUCGAACUCUGGUGGAUCCAGAAAACAUGCUGGCUACCGCAAAUAAAACUGAAAAGACCGAGUUCUUGAGCUUCUUCUACAAGCACUGUAUGCAUGUCCUGUCAGCUCCACUACUGGCCAACACCACCGAGGAAAAGCCGAGCAAAGAUGAUUUCCAAACAUCCCAGUUGUUAGCGCUCAUUCUCGAACUGCUGACAUUCUGUGUGGAGCACCACACCUACCACAUCAAGAACUACAUCAUCAACAAGGACAUUCUCAGGAGGGUCCUGGUACUCACAUCCUCUCAGCACGCUUUCUUGGCAUUAUGUGCCCUGCGCUUCAUGCGGCGAAUCAUCGGUUUGAAGGAUGAAUUCUACAACCGCUACAUUAUGAGAAAUUUUCUCUUUGAGCCAGUCGUGAAGGCCUUUCUCAAAAACGGCUCGCGUUACAAUCUCAUGAACUCGGCCAUCAUUGAGAUGUUUGAAUAUGUCCGUGUGGAGGAUGUGAAGUCUCUCACCGCUCACAUCAUUGAGAAUUACUGGAAGGCUCUCGAGGAUGUGGACUAUGUUCAGACCUUCAAGGGCCUCAAGCUGCGCUAUGAACAGCAGCGUGAGAGGCAGGACAACCCCAAACUAGACAGCAUGCGUUCCAUCUUGAGGAACCACCGCUUCCGCCGCGACGCGCGGACACUGGAAGAUGAGGAGGAGAUGUGGUUCAACACGGAUGAGGAGGACCUUGAGGAUGGUGAGGCUGUAGUACGUCCCUCGGACAAGAUGAAGAGCGAGGAGGACCUCAUGGAACCCAUAAGCAAGUUCAUGGAGAGGAAGAAAUUGAAAGACUCUGAUGACAAGGAAGUUCUGGGGAAGUCAAGCUUGUCGGGCCGGCAGAACCCAACCUUCAAACUUUCCUUUUCUGGGUCCACCAAAACCAGCCUGUCGAGCCCUCCGUCAGCUGCCUCGCUGAACCCAGGUUCUCCUGGCUCACCAGAAUCUCCGAGCUCAGGGACGAAGAGCUCAGGUGCCACCCCAGCGGUGACCACAAAGGGAGGAUUAGUGGGACUGGUGGACUAUCCCGAUGAUGACGAAGACGAGGAAGAUGACGAGGAGGAGGAAGGAGAGAGUAAAGAUGACCCUCUGCCACCUUCAAAAAAGUCCAAACUGAACUCCUAAAGACGUGCGCCAGUGUCUCCGUUUGUGCUCCAUUCGGACAUUUUCUGAACACGGGAAUUUCUUCUUCACAUGGGAAUGAUCAACCUUAAACAAAUGGAAUGAAUGAAAGCCACACUCUGCUGGUGGGUGACGAGAGGAGACGGACGUGAAUGGAUUCUUCCUCCUCCCUCCCCCUUAGACCAGCCUGAUUCAAACAAGUGCCAAUCAGGAGAGCAGGAGGGAGACGUGUCUGAGAGGACAGACAGACAGACGGGCGGGCGUCAAGUCAAGGCGGAGGGAACGGCUGCUACGGUGAGAAAGCUCUCACCGUGAUAAUGAAGCUGAUGGAGGAAAUGACUACAAAAAAAAACAUGUAUAUGCAGACUGAUGUCCCCCCAAGAGCUUGCGCACUUGGAUCAUAAACCCAUUGCCCCCCCACCCACUGCCCCCCACUCAGGGAAGGACAUCAUUUGGCCAAAUGGUUCAGCCAAUUCAGACCCACACACUCAUCCCCUCUCCAGAGUCCACUUUUUUCUUUUCUUCCUCUCCUCCUUGUCUGUUACAUUGUCCUUUUUUUAAGUUAGCAUAUAGGACAAGACAAUGAGCUCUUUCUUGUAGUUUGAUGAUGUCAUGAGUGUUGUCAUUUCUCCAGCAGACAUUUCUCUAAAGAGGAGAGAAAAAAAAGCCAGCAUUUUCUUUAGUCAUUUCAUUUUCAUUCUCCAUUUGUCUCGCAAACCAUUCUCCUGUGGUUUUUUUUCCUUUUUGUUUUGUAAAUGACAACAAAAAGAGACCUGCCUUUAAAUGUUCAGGAUGUUUUCAGUCACACUUGAACAGGUUUUUAAAGACCUCAGUAGGUGAGCUACCGUAGUUUUACCAUUUUUGCCCUUUGAAACUGCAGAUUUUUUGGAGAAAUUUGUAAUCCCGUCUUGAUUAAAGAUUGAGUGGAAUUCUA